AUGACUCAGCAGGACAAGUGCAGACGUUCCGCUCCUCAAAGCAGCUUGUUCCUGGGCGUCUCUCAUAGUCUCCCUUUGACCUUUGACCUGAAGUUGGCAGUAGGCAGUGUGUUUGUUGGUGUGUGUGUUGUCUGCGGGGCCCUGUCCUCCUCCUUCAGGUGUUCAGUCCUCCUCAUGUUUCCCAGCAUGCUCGGCUCCCGUGGUCGAGCGUUCCUAUUUGUGUUCAUCCUGUCUGUUCUCUACACGGGUCCCGUGUCAAACAUGGAGCGUAAUGUGCGAGCAGCGGCGUUGUCUCUGAGCUGUAAUCUGGACCUGCAGGUCCAUCACAGCAGGUUACUGUGGAGAGACGCCGUCUCACAGUACACACACAUCCUGAAGGAGCUGCAGGAUGAUAAGGCGGAGUUUGAGUCGGACGCUCUGAACGUCAGCAGAAGGUUCCAGAUCAUCAGGGACGAAGUGGUCGCUCAGUACGGAUACAACCAAACAGGAAACAGCAGCCAGGAGCGCUUCACUACACAGACCAUGAUGCAAUGCGACAGGGUGGUGACCGAGGGUGUGAACCGCUGCUCUGAUUGGUUCCGAGGAAAGUGGGAGGAGUGUAUGCAGGUGAUCGCAGUGCCUGUCAUCAACCAUGUCUUUUGUGUCCCAAUGACCUUCCACUUCCUGUGUGAUGUCAUGAGAGUGAUGACUCCGUGGUGCAAGGACCACGUCCCUGUGGAGGGAAACUUCGGUCAACUGUAUGAUGAGCUCGACGUUUCCGUGGAGAUGUUGUCCAGAGAGUUCAGCUCCAAGCUUGUGGUCCAGGAGCAGCAGCAGCAGUCUGUGCUGAGUGGACCUGUGAUGGAUCAGGAGUUCACACAGACAGUCAGAGGAUCUCUGCAGAAGCUGAGCGCUGUGAUGAAGCAGGUGCUGGACAUUCUACAGCUGCUGCUGUCCUUCACCUUCAUCACCAUCUUCACCAGGGCGUUCAGUUAUGUCAGAUAUUACAGGAAAGACAUCCGAUUUGACAACGUCUACGUCACCACAUACUUCAGACAGAUCGACGCCCGCAGGAAAAAAGCGGGGAAGCGAUGCGUGCUGCCGCUCACACGCUCAGAGAAGAAGAAGCUGAUUGAGCCGCGGAGUCUCAGGAUUCACCCUGACGAGUUCAAAGAAGUGGUGUCAGGUGUGUUACAGCUACUCUCUGUCUCUCUUCUGGGUGUCGUCCUCCUCAUUAUCGACUUCUCUCUGGUUCACACUCUGGACAUCGUCAGCAGACACACAAUCAGCCAGUUCAACGUGACCAGCAAUCGGAAGGUGGACAUCAAAGUGGGCGGGGACUCCAUGAUGGCCCGCCUCUUGAGGAAGACGGUCUCAGCCUUCAACAGUUCAUCCAUCCUCCACAUCCAGACGGACAACCAGGCCUGUGUGUCUCCUCCCUCAACCCUCUCAGCAGACAUCUAUGUUUACUGUGUGUGUUGUGUCCUGUUGGUGGCGCUCUUCACCCUCCUUCAGGUUUACACCAACCGUCUGAGACGAGUCAUCGCUGCCUUCUACCACCCACAGAGGGAGAAGAAGAGAGUACUGUUCCUCUACAACCUGCAGCUGCAGAGACACAUGUCCUCUGUGGACAGUGGACACAGGACCAGGACGGUGUUUCACAGUCUGACCACCUGGGGGUGUCGUCUCUGUCGCCAUGACAGGCGGGAGGCGGAGUCUGACUCUGAGACGCACUAUGACCCCAGUUAG